AUUAAUUCAUAUAGAAGCUUUAUUUAUAGCCAUCUUUUUUAUUUUAUGUGUUUAUUCAUAUGAACUACCAAUAUUUCAAUUCUUUUUCGACUUGGACUAAAUCAAUUGUGUGCCUGGUUACUUUAUAUAAUAUCGUAUCAAAAAUAACUAUAAUAUCUAUUGUGAACUUUUACGUUUUGGCGUUUUUGACAUUUCUCAUUGGUUUUUGCAUCAAAACUAAUAAAAAUAAUCUGAAAACCAUAUUCAAUUCUAAUAAACAGCAAUAUUUGAUCGCAAGUAACAACUUAGUUAAUAAUAUUAAAUUUACGCGAUUGUAGUUAUGGAAAAAAAUGAGAGAUCAACAACCCCGCAACCUGCUGCAGAUCUUCAGACUCCAGGUGAUGUUUCCUCCACUGCAACCAAUCAACAGUCAGCAGCGCAACCUCAAUGUAAAAGGCCACGUCCCGAUCUGAGUUCACUACCCACUCGCCAGUAUUUAGAUCAAACAGUAGCGCCGAUAUUAUUACACGGAUUACAGACGUUAGCGCGAGAACGACCAGCAGAUCCUAUCAGUUUUUUAGCGGCAUAUCUGCUGAAAAACAAAAACCGUUGCGAAGAAUCGAUACCAGAAAACAUUUAAGUAAUGUAAAUGAAAGAUAUCACAACUAAAUGUCUCCAAUGAAUUAAGGUGACACUCACCUUAAUAAGUAAAAAUUCGUAGUUUGAUAUGAAUUUCAAUUUUUGUAACUAUGUAUGUGCUGGAUUACCUCAAUAACUUUGAAGCGCCAACAAUUUAAAUCUGACAAUUGUAUUUCUCUUGUAUUUUAUAAAAUAACUGGCUUUCCCUAAUAAAAAUAUUUUGUUUAAAUGUAAAUUAAAAAAAA